UGGUGGGGGUGGUGGGCAGAUUGUGGGGAGUCAGUUUUGAGGGUGUCAGAAGCAGUUUCCUGCAUUGAAAAUGGUUAAGGUUGGGACCAGUGCUGUGGUGCAGUGGAUUAAGCCGCAGGCAUUCCAUAUGGAUGGUGGGUUGAGUCAUGGCUGCUCCAUUUCUGACCCAGCUCUCUGCUUAUGGCCUGAGAAAGCAAUGGACGAUAGCCCAAGUACUUGGGCUCUGACCGUCCGUGUGAGACCGGGAUGAAGCUCCUGACUCCUGGCCCAACCUGCAGUUAUUGUGGCCAUUUGGGGAACGAACCAGUGGAUGGAGGUUCUUUUUAUUUAGUCUGCUCUCUAUAUAUAACUCUUUCACAUAAUGAAAUCUUUCUAAAAACAUUGUUAGGUAAAUUCAGCACUACCCUUUGCCCAAGUCUUUUGCUUGUUUUGGACGCCCAGGUGAGCAGGCAGGGGUUGCAGGUCCCAGCAACAGAGCACCUUUGUGCUUCUUUGCUCCGUGGAGGCAUCGCAGAGCCUGACUCUCCUGAUGGAAGCACCACAUCCCAGUCCCAGAGGCUGAGAUCAGUGUGCUGGGCUUGGCCCCAGGUGUCCGCCCCUGCCUGGCUCCGCCCAGCCCAGGAAGGUGAGGCCGGGGGCGGGGCUGUUCGGAGGCCUGGGUGGGGGUCGGCCCCAGGCUGGGUGACUACAGCAGCCGGCAGGAUAGUUCCACACCUGCCGCCACCGACAGUCCACUACCUCUGUGCUCGCCAAUGCUGCUGCUGCUGCUGCUGCUGCUCCCACUGCCGCCGCUGGGACCCGGGCCUGGACGCACAGCGGCCACCCCAGCCUCCAGGAGGUCACAUGUGCACCGGCGUGGGAUUCUGGACCUGGCAGGGACUGUGAGUUGUGUCGGCACCCGGAGCCCCAUGGCCUAUGUCGACUACGGCUGCUUCUGUGGCCUGGGCGGCCACGGCCAGCCCCGCGAUGCCGUCGACUGGUGUUGCCACCGCCACGACUGCUGUUACGCUCGAGCCGAAGAGGCCGGCUGCAGUCCCAAGAUGGAGCACUACCCCUGGGAGUGUGUCGGUCAGCAGGUCCUGUGUGGGCCCACAGAGGACAAAUGCCAGGAACUCAUGUGCAAGUGUGACCAGGAGAUUGCCCACUGCUUUGCCCAAAAUGAGUACAACUUAAAGUACCUCUUCUACCCCCAGUUCUUGUGUGAGCAGGACUCGCCCAAGUGUGACUAGCCAGACUUGAAGUGUUCACUUGCACAAGGAAAUAAAGGUCCUUUUCACCAGGAACAACAGCACUCAGUUCUUUACUGGAGGCGACUGGGGCCAAGAGAUAAAGCGGCAGCCCUGCUGUCUGCUCUCCCCAUCCUGGAGCCCCGCCGGAGCCUGCAUUCAUCGGGGGAAGGUCAAACGUCCUGUGCCUGUUUCACAAAACCACUGUGCUGAGGUUGGUACCGUUGCUGACACCUUUAUGAAAGGGUGGUUUUUGUCUGCUACAGAUGACCAGUGGUCAAAUAGGAAUGAACACCUCCUAUGUGCUUGGCUGUGUUCUAGGUUCUGGGACACAGCCAUAAAGAAGACGGCCACACCUUGCCCACCUGUGUGAUGUUCAAUCUAGGCACUGUUAGUGUCAGAAAGGGCAUUCCCCGCCCGGCCCCGCCCCGCCUUUAAUGGCUAAAAUGAACUUCCUGAUUACAAGAGUGGCACAGGCUCAUUGCUGUUAUGACCAAGGAAAAUACAGAGAAAUAGGAAGCAGGGGGAGAAAUCAUUCCAAUUCCCACAGUCUGGGAUAAUCACCGUUAGCACCUGAGUUUUCCAGUGUUUAAAGGUAGUGAACACUAUACCGUAUGAUUUUCCUACUCUUUUCUUCAUGUCAUUAAAAACGAUCAUUGGAAAAUUCAUUUCAAAAGGUUGUAUUGGCUACCGUUUCUACCCUGCUAACGUGUGGGAACUGGUGGCACUUCCCCUGUUUGUCAGUGGCUGCGGUGGGGACACCUCAGUCAGCCUUGGCUGCCUCUGGACUCCUCCCCUUUUAUUACGUCUUAGCCCAGAUUUCCAGAAACGCCAUUUUUGGAUCAGGUCUGACUGUGAGGGAGGCGAGAGGCACUGUUGAUCUGAGUGUGCCCACCCCUUCCUACUGGCGAUAAGGGGCGAGGACCCAGCCUGUUUGCUCCACGCCCGCUCUCCCAGACCUGCCUCCCGACAGCAGACCUGGGUGUUACUCAUUCUGGAAGCAGGAUGUGGGAGCAGGUGGGGAGAGUGUGCUGGCCCUGCGCUGUGGGAAGGAGGUGCUGCCUUGAGUGUGGCAGCCUGCAGACUGGCCCAGGCCCAGCUCCACCAGUGGGGUCAGCGCAAGCUCAACAACCCUUGCUGGCAGCCCCAGCUCUGCAUCUGGAAGUACUGGUGUCCCCCAAGGCAGGGGAGCAGGGGUGUAAAACACUGCGCUGCCCCCGGGCCCACAAGGGUUCCACAGCUCAAGUCGGGCACCCCAAGCUCCUGGCUUCAGAUUGCCACAGCUCUGGCUGUUACGGCCAUUUGGAAUGGAAGCUCUCUGACUUUGUCUCUCUCUCUCUCAAUCUUUCUCUGUAGCUCUGCCUUUCAAAUAAACAAGUCUUUAAAAAAAAAAAAAAAAAGGAGGAAGAAGAGGAAGAAGGGCUGCAGAAGCUAAGAAAAUUGAAACAGUAGUCAGAGCUCCAUCUGCUGGAUUUUCAGGAGAAGCAACAAGAUAAACCUGUUCUUUUUUUGACACCAAAAAGAAAGUUCAGCAGUAUGAUGUUGCAAUUCAGCAGCAAAUAGCCCCAGAACUAGUUGACAGAGUCUUUAACAGACCCAGGAUAGAGACCUUGCAUAAGGAAAAAGUAGAAGAAAAAGAUUGAUUUUAUUUAUUUGCAAGGCAGAGUGACAAGACAGAGAGAUAUCUUCCAUUCUCAUGUUCACUCCCCAAAUGGCCCUAACAGCAGGCCUGUGCCAGGCUAAAGUCAGAGCCUAGAGCUCCAUCUGGGUCUCCCACAUGGGUGGCAGGGACCCAAGCACUUGGGCCAUUUUCUACUGCUUUCCCAGAUGCAUUAAAAGGGAGCCAGGUUGGAAGUGGAGCAGCCAUGACACAAACCAGCACCCACAUGGGAUGCUGACAUUGUCACAGGCAGUAGUUUAACCUCUUCUGCCACAACACCGGCCCCAAUCAACUUUUUAUACUAUAUGAAAUGAAGGAGAAAGGUAAUCAACUUCAUCUUUCAGCACCUAUAGCUUUUUAUAAAUUUAUUAUUAUUUUUAUUUGAAAGGCAGAGCUACAGAGAGGCAGAGGGAGAAAGAGAGAGAGAGAGAGAGAAAGAGAGUGAGUGUCAGUCUUCCAUCUGCUGGUUCCCUCCUCAAAUGGCCACAAUGGCCAGAGCUGGGCUAAUUUGGAGCCAGGAGCCAGGAGCUUCUUCCAGGUCUUCCAUGUAGGGGCAGGGGCCAAAGCACUUGGGCCAUCUUCUGCUGCUUUCCCAAACCAUAGCAAAGAGCUGGAUUAGAACUGGAGCAGCCAGAACAGGAACCAGUGCCCAUAUGGGAUGCACCCAGGGUGUGCACCAGCAAGAAGCUGAAAUCAGAAAUGGAGUUGGGAUUCAACCUAGGCACUCUGAUAAUGGGAUGCUGGUGCCCCAAGUGGCAUCUUAAUUGAGCCCCGACUGCCUGCCCCAAGUAUUACUUCUCAAUCAGAAAAAUAUAUUUUAAGAAAUAAGAUAAUUUUUUUCUAAAUAAUUGUUUUGUUGUUUCUUAAAGCACAAAUUACAGAAAAAAUUUUAACAUGUUUUUGGAAUGCCAAGAGACAGGUACCAUCCCUUUCACCUCUUAAUCACAGUUAACUUGUCCCACCUGCCUCCAACACUUCCCCAUGGAAGUCCUCCAGUGACAGAGUGAAGACUGAUCAAAACAGCCACGGGCCUCAGAGUGUGUCAUCCCCCUAUUUUCCUGUAAAUGUCCCUAGUAUCUUUUUUUCUAAUGUUUAUUUACUUAUUCUCACCUACUGGAAAAGCAGAGAGACAGAGAUUUCCAUCCACUGGUUUGCUCUCCAAAUGCCUGAUGGGCCAGGCUGAAGCCAGGAGUCAGGAGCUCCAUCCAAGUCUCCCACAGGGUGGCAGGGACCUGAGCACUUGGGCCAUGAUGCGCUGCCUCCCAGAAUGCACUGACAAGAAGCUGGACUGGAAAUGGAGCAGCUGGGACCAAGGGACUCCUCAAUGUCUGCCCUUGUGGACAAGUUCUUUUUUUAAAAAAAAGUUUAUUUUUAUUUAUUUGAAAGAGUUGUAGAAAAAGGUAGAGCCAGAGAGAGAGAGAGAGACAGAGAUCUUCCAUCUGCUGGUUCACUCCCCAGAUGGCCACAAUGGCCAGAGCUGAGCCGAUCCAAAGCCAGGAGCCAAGAGUUUCUUCCAGGUCUCCCAUGUGGUUGCAAGGGCCCAAGGAUUUGGCCAUCUUCCACUGCUUUCCCAAGCCAUACAGAGAGCUAGAUCAGAAGAGGAGCAGCUGGGAUUUGAACAGGCACCCAUAUGGGAUGCUUGCAAUUUAGGCAUCGGCACAAGCCACUGAAGCACAGCGCCACCCACCAUAGAAUAUAAGGAUGUGGGGCCUGUGCUGUGGCACAGUGGGUUAACGCCCUGGCCUGAAGUGCCAGCAUCCCAUAUGGGCACCGGUUCUAGUCCCGGCUGCUCCACCUCUGAUCCAGCUCUCUGCUAUGGUCUGGGAUAGCAGUGGAAGAUGGCACAAGUCCUUGAGCCCCUGCACCCACGUGGGAGAUGUAGAAGAAGCUCCUGGCUCCUGGCUUCAGAUCGGUGCAGCUCCAGCCAUUGCAGCCAUCUGGGGAAUGAACCAGCAGAUGGAAAACCUCUCCUUCUGUCUCUACCUCCCUCUGUAACUCUGACUUUCAAAUUAAUAAAAUAAAUCUUUUUAAAAAAAGAUUGGGAUAUCCACCUUCCAUACCUGAGUGCCUGGCACCAGAGUUCUACCUGCUGCCCACGUGUGGUUCCUAUAUGAGGAACCUAGACUGAAUUCCUGGCUCCUGAUUUAGCCUGGCCCGGCCUUGGCCAUCGUAGACAUUUGUGAAGAGACCAGCGGAUGGGAGCUCUUUGUGUUUCUCUGCCUCCCUCCUCUCUUCCUCUUUUAAGAUGUACUUACUUGUUUGAAAAAGUGACAGAGGGAGAGACAGAGGCAAAGACACAGACAGAUGUUCUGUCUGCUAGUUCAUUCUCCAAAUGCCUACACAGCCAGGGCUGGGCUAGGUCACACCAAAGCAAGGAGCCAAGAACUCCAUCUGGCUCUCCCACAUGAGGACAGGAACCCACGUGCUUAAGUCACCAUCUGCUGCCUCUCAGGUGCAUUAGCAGGAAGCUGGAUAGGAAGUGUGGCGUAGUUGGGACUUGAACCAGGCACCCUGAUAUGGGAUGUGGUGUUCCCAUGCAGUGGUUUAACCCACUGCACCACAACUACCACCCCUACCUCUUAAGUAAAGUAAACAAAAAUUGAAUACAUUUUAAAAAGAAGUCAAGCUUUCUCUCUACCUGUAUUUCUAAAACAACAAUAGUGUUAGGUUUCUUUUAAAAAAAAAAAAAAAAGCCCACAUAAAUAGUAGCAGAGGCUAGACGGAGAUCCCACAGAACAGACCUUUUUCUACCAAGUCACAUAAGUAUCAGUUCACUGUAUUAUAAACAAUCUCCCUUUAAAAAUCAUCUUAGAGGUUGAAUUUGAACUCAGAAAGAAUAAACUUUUCCCUUACCACCAGAACCUUUUUUUUAAAGAGGUAGUAUGUGAACCUUGUUUUUAAAAAAUGGAAAAGCAAACUAGUACUAAGAGCUACACAAUGAAAAUUAUUCCUCCCUGCCUCUAGGCCUCCAUAUUCCUUUCCCAUAUCCCCAUCCUGUUAGUGUCUAGGGUAUCCAUAUGGAGAGUCUAUGCAUAACCCAGUAUCCUUGUGUAUGUGCUUUUGAAAAAAAUAUCAAUGAUAGGAUACUGUGUAUACUUUUCUACAUUUCCCCUCUUUGUCCCCUUUUCAACUUUCUCUAAAGUUGUUAAUAGGCAAGUUAAAAUCUGGUUUCGAGGUCUGGAAUCAUGUCUCCCUUUCUUCUUUUGUUUGAGUAUUUGGACUUAGUUUUAUUCUAGUUAUUAAAGUCAUGCUUGAUAUUUAAGAAUUAAUGUGUACAUGUAUUCUAGUCAACACCAUUCUAUGCAUUUGAUUUCAUUUUUCUGGCAUAGUCAAAGCUAUUUUUUUAUCACGGCACUGCUAAAGAGAAUAACAGCUCAAUAUUUUUAGAACUGGAGUGGUUUUUUUUUUAAGAUUUAUUUACUUGAAAGUCAGAGUUACAUAAAGAAGCAGAGGCAGAAAGAGAGGUCUUGCAUCUACUGGUUCACUCCCCAACUGGCCGUAAUGGCCAGAACUGCACUGAUCUGAGGCCAGAAGCCAGGAGAUUCUUCCAAGUCUCCCACGUGAGUGCAGGGGCCCAAGGACUUGGGCUAUCCUCUACUUUCUCAGGCCACAGCAGAGAGCUGGAUCAGAAGAGGAGCAGCCGGGACUCAAACUGGCACCCAUAUGGGAUGCUGGCACUGUAGGGGGUGGCUUUACCCGCUUUGCCACAGCACUGGCCCCAGAACUGGAAUUUCCAAAAAGUGAUUUAGUCUAUACUAAGUGCUAGCUACUGUGGAGGAUGCAAAGUAAUUCAGUCUCUGCUGAGGUCACUUGCCUUCUCUCUGUUUCUACUAUUCACAGCAAGAAAUUAAGGUACUGAGGGGAGUCCAUAACCAGAUAAUCAAGCCCUAAGUGAUCAGGCAUUGUCUGUCAUUUUAAAGGUAAAAACCUCAAAAACCUAUAGGUUCCUGCUGGGAAGCCUAUGAAUUAUUUUCUUCUUCUCCACACUGUGUCUGCUGUGGUCUGCAUGUGUCCCCCAAAGUGCAUGUUGCAGCUUAAUGGCCAAUGUGAUAGCAUUAAGAGGUUGGGCCUUUACGAGGUGACUUAGGGGAUUAGUAGCCUUAUGAGAGGGUUGGAGGGAACUAGCUGGGCCCUUUUUUUGCCCCCUGUCCCUUCUGCCUUGUGAGGACACAGUGAUCAUCGUGGGAAACUCAACAGGAAGGCACCAACUUGGAACCAGCCACCAGACCCUCAGCAGACACCAAACUUGCUGACACCUUGAUCUUGAACCUCUCAGCCUCCAGCUCUGUGAGAAAUAAAUUCCUGUUGUUUAUAAGUUAUCCAGUCUCUGGUAUUUUGUUAUCACAGCAUGAAUGGACUACGAUAAUAUCCAUGUCUCUGUCUACCUCACAGGUCAGUUUCCACCUGACUGCAACUAUCAAGUAUCCCAAUAUAUCUCAUACUAUGGUGAAAGAGUGGGCAAGUACUUCUGUUAUUUAAUGAGAGCCUCCUGCCUUAUACUCCAUGACAUACUUUGUGCUUUGUGUGCUCUAAUCCUCACAUAGCUCUAACAUAGUUUAAAAAAUAAGUAAAUAAAUAAAUGGAUAAGGAAACUGAAGUGCUGAGAACAUAAGGCAUUUGCCCAAAGUAACAGACUAAACAACAGAGCUGGAAUUUGAAUCCUCUGUGUGACUGGGUUCUAAGCACUGGAAUUCUAUCAGUGAAACCAAUGAAUUUCAAAUAUAAAAACAUUUCAAGUUUUAUAUUAUUAAAUGUGGUUACUGACCCUUCCCCCAUUACCCCCCCAUUGUACCAAAUAAAUGUAAAGACUCUGUCCCUUUUAGUCACCUGCACAAGAAAAGUGUUUUGACAAGUACUGAAUAUCAGACAUUACUUGAGUGUAACUGCACACUUAAUGUGGCAUAACCAAGACUUCCAAAACUCUGUCCAUAAACCCAGUGGGAAUUUUCCUCCAUCUUAAAAUCUGCUGUAGCUUCACUUUACUGGACUAUGAUGCUCUCCUGCACUGUACUCAUGAUGGUAGCAGGCAA